AUGACUACAUAUAAAAUCAUAAAGGCUAUCGAUGAGUGCUCACAAAGACUGGGAGAAUUGAAUAUUCAACCGGCUCCAAAAAUAUAUCCGAAUCCCAGUGAUCCCGGGAAAUUCUCAAACGAAAUAGACAUUCAAACGAAUAUUUUUGGGUUGGAAGUAGAUAAGAAAACUGAGUUAUUCCAAUACAUUGUGAGCAUCAAGGCAGAUUUGACAGUGAAAAAAGAAGUGAUAUUCACCAAAAAAGGAAAGGAAGACUUUGUGGUUGUGGAUCGUCAUGAAAAAUGUGCGACUAUCAUAUCUCAUGCUUUCCGAAAAUUCAGUGACUUCUUCAAAACUGAUAAAAACUGUUUGAUUUAUGAUGGACAGAGUGUUUUGUUCAGUUCUAUCAAUCUCUUCGAAGGAUUUCCUGAUUCACAGACGAAGACGAAACAAAUUCAAAUUAAUGGAACUGAACUGAGUCACCUGGAUCUUCAGAAUCUUCCAUACAUCAAAUUGGAAGUGUAUUCUAGUAAGAAUCCACCUAUCGUUCUGUCAGCUGAAUCACUCGGACAAAGAACUGCGAAUAGUAAUUUGGAUGCGAACAAUAGAGCUUACUCACAGAUUCUUGAACUGGCUCUUUGCCAGAGUGGAAUUCGAAAAACAUUGAAAGGAGUUUGUUUCGAGAAUGGAAAGUUAUUCUUCAUUAAACCAUUAGAAGACGGAUUCGUCAGAGAAGACAUUGUCGAUGUGGGAGAUGGGAAAAGUAUGCUUCCAGGAAUCAAACGAACAAUUCAAUUCAUCGAAGGACCAUACGGAAGAGGGAAUAACAAUCCAGCUAUUGUCAUUGAUGCUUCAAAAGUUGCAUUUCACAAAGAACAAUUAGUGAUGGAUAAAAUCGCUGAAAUUAUUCUGAAAAACCCAACUCUAGGAAUUCAAGAAUUUGAAAGAGAGAAAUGUAUUCCAGUGAUUAGAGGUCUCGACUGCUAUUCCACUUAUUCUGGACGUACACGUCAUCUGAAAAUUGAAGGAAUUCAUCCUCUUGAUGCAUCAACUGCUCGUUUUGAAUUGAAGGAUGGAGGCAAUUGUACUGUGGAGAAAUACUUUGAAGAAAGAUACAAAAUUAAAUUGAGACAUCCUCGAGCGAAUCUCUUGAUCUGUAAACACCGUGGAAAUCAAAAUUUCUUUCCAAUGGAGUUGAUGACCAUUACGAAAAAUCAACGAGAGAGCGCCGUACUUCCAGAUGUCCGCCAAAGACUGAUUAUGACUGGAAUGGCUGCUGCUGAUAUCUGCUCUAAAAAUUAUAUUUUGUCUGAAUUGGGAGUCAAUGUUUGUCCAGAACCUCUCAUGGCAAAAGGCCAAUUGCUGCCACCCAACAGAAUUCAGUUUUCAACUCAAAACACAGAGGCGACUUCUGGAAAAUGGCGUUUCUCUGGAUUCGUUAGACCAUCAGAGCCUCCAAAAAUUUGGGCAAUGUACGCAGUUGGUUAUGCGAAUAACAGUUUUUCAAUUGAGAUUUUUGGAAAGUUCGUAUCGAUGUUCAUGCAUGGUUGUCAAUCAAAAGGAAUCCAGAUAGGCGAACCAGCUGAAUCUAAAUUGGUCCACGUGGAUGAUAUGGAGAAUGUUCUGGAAAUUGCUGGUAGAAGUGAUUGCUCAUUUGUCUUUGUGAUUUCUGAUGACUCCAUUUCUCAUCUUCAUCAAAAAUAUAAAAUGAUUGAAAGAAAAUAUGAAAUGAUUGUGCAGGAUAUGAGAAUGUCUCUCGCCAAUAAUGUGGUUACUCAAGGAAAAAGAUUGACACUGGAGAAUGUGAUUAAUAAAACGAAUCUAAAACUGGGAGGAACGAAUUACCUUGUGAUGGAUACAAAACUGAACGAUGUUCUUGUAAUUGGAGUGGGAUUAUCUCUUCCCACUGGUACAUCGAAGUUUGUUUCUCUCGGAAAUGAAAUUCUGAGUCCAUUGGUUGUUGGAUAUGCUUCAAAUGGUAAAACACCUCAAGAGUUUACUGGAGAUUUCGUUCUGUCUCCAGUUGGAGAAGUUACAAUUUCCUCUAUUGAGGAAAUAAUUACCCAAUGUCUUGAAUUGUAUAACAAGUGUCGUCAGAAACUUCCAAAAAGAGUUCUCGUAUACAGAAGUGGAUCGAGUGACGGAGCACAUGGAACAAUCAUUGCUCAUGAAAUACCGUUGGCUCGUGUUGCAAUCGGACGAUUCUCGAGUGCGAUCAAACUGAUUUAUGUGGUUGUUUCCAAAGAUCACACAUACCGAUUUUUCAAGAAUAAUUUGGACAAUAUUGAUACCGCUAGUUCAAGUUCUAGUAGUUCUAGCAGUGGAGCGAGCAGAACUAGUUCACGAAAAGCGGAUCAAAUGAACAUUCCACCUGGAGUUAUUUUGGAUUCUGUUGUGACACACCCUGCGUGCAAGCAGUUCUUUUUGAAUUCACACACUACUCUUCAGGGAACAGCCAAAACUCCACUUUACACUGUUCUCGCUGAUGACUGUGAUGCCAAGUUGUCUACUCUUGAAGAGAUUACUUACAACUUGUGUCACUGUCAUCAGAUUGUCGGGCUAACCACUUCUCUUCCAACACCCCUUUAUGUGGCAAAUGAAUACGCGAAGAGGGGAAGAAAUUUGUUCACAGAAAGAUGUAGCGUGGAACCGGUGAUCAUCGGAGCUGGAAGCGAGAAGAGCACUUUGGAAAAAGUCACCGAUGAGCUCAGCUACAAGGAAAAAAGAGGAUUAUUGGAUAGACGUAUCAAUGCAUAA